UCGCCAACGUCGCCACCCCACUUUCCUCCAACCCCGCACACCAGUUCCCAUCCACCCCAUCGCCCCUUGCUCCUCCUCGCCGCCUCGACUCUGCUCCGGGGAAAAACUUCAAAGCGCCGGAUCGCAGGCUCUCUGCUUACUCCCCGGCCGGGGAUUUCAGACUAGACGCUUGAAGAAAAGCUGCCAUCCAAGAAGACGACAUGCUUUCAGCAACCCCCCUGUAUGGGAACGUUCACAGCUGGAUGAACAGCGAGAGGGUCCGCAUGUGUGGGAUCAGUGACGACAGGAAAAUUCCCGUAAAUGAUGGUGACGCUUCAAAGGCCAGACUGGAACUAAGGGAAGAAAAUCCCUUGAACCACAACGUGGUGGACGCAACCACGGCCCAUCGGAUUGAUGGCCUGGCAGCGCUGAGCAUGGACCGCACUGGCCUGAUCCGGGAAGGACUGCGUGUCCCCGGAAACAUCGUCUAUUCUAGCUUGUGUGGACUGGGCUCAGAGAAAGGGCGGGAGGCUGCCACAACCACUCUAGGCGGUCUGGGGUUUUCUUCCGAAAGAAACCCAGAGAUGCAAUUCAAACCGAAUACACCUGAGACGGUGGAGGCCUCCGCUGUCUCUGGAAAGCCCCCGAAUGGCUUCAGUGCUAUAUACAAGACACCACCAGGAAUACAAAAAAGUGCUGUCCCCACAGCAGAAACUCUGGGCUUAGACAGGCCUGCCAGUGACAAACAGAGCCCGCUCAACAUCAAUGGUGCUAGUUACCUGCGGCUGCCCUGGGUCAAUCCCUACAUGGAGGGGGCCACGCCAGCCAUCUACCCUUUCCUUGACUCGCCAAAUAAGUAUUCCCUGAACAUGUACAAGGCCUUGCUACCUCAGCAGUCGUAUGGCCUGGCCCAGCCGCUAUAUUCGCCAGUCUGCACCAAUGGGGAGCGAUUUCUCUACCUGCCGCCACCUCACUACGUCAGUCCCCACAUCCCAUCGUCCCUGGCUUCCCCCAUGAGGCUCUCGACGCCUUCCGCCUCUCCAGCCAUCCCGCCUCUGGUCCACUGCACAGACAAAAGCCUGCCCUGGAAGAUGGGUGUCAGUCCUGGGAACCCGGUUGAUUCUCACUCAUACCCCCACAUCCAGAACAGUAAACAGCCUAGGGUGCCCUCCGCCAAGGCGGUCACCAGCGGCCUGCCGGGGGACACAGCUCUCCUGUUGCCCCCCUCGCCUCGGCCUUCACCCCGAGUCCACCUUCCCUCCCAGCCUACUGCGGACACCUACUCUGAAUUCCACAAGCACUAUGCCCGGAUCUCCACCUCACCCUCUGUCACCCUGUCAAAGCCAUACAUGACGGUCAGCAGCGAGUUUCCCGCAGCCAGACUCUGCAGCAGCAAGUAUCCAAAGGCUCCAGAGGGAGCCGAAAGCGCCCAGCCAGUUCCUGGGCACACUCGGAAAACAGCGGGUCAGGAGAGAAAGGAUGGCAGCUCACCUCCUCUGUUGGAGAAGCAGACGGUUACCAAAGACGUCACCGAUAAGCCACUAGACUUAUCUUCUAAAGUGGUGGAUGUAGACACUUCCAAAGCUGACCACGUGAAGAAGAUGGCACCCACGGUCCUGGUUCACAGCAGAGCUGGAAGUGGCCUAGUGCUCUCCGGAAGUGAGAUUCCGAAAGAAACACUAUCUCCUCCAGGAAACGGCUGUGGUAUCUAUAGAUCUGAGAUCAUUAGCACGGCUCCCUCGUCCUGGGUGGUGCCUGGGCCAAGUCCUAACGAAGAGAACAAUGGUAAAGGCCUGCCGCUGAAGAACAAGGCCUUGGACUGGGCCCUCCCGCAGCAGCGCAGUUCUUCGUGUCCUCGCAUGGGCGCCACCGACACCGUGGUCACUAAUGUGUCCAGCUCAGUGUCCAGCGCUGGCCGCCCGGCCUCUGCAUCUCCAGCCCCAAACGCCACUGCCGAUGGCAGCAAGACCAGCAGGGGCUCCGUGGACACCACACCGUCUGUCAUCCAGCACGUGGGCCAGCCCCCAACCACGCCUGCCAAGCACAGCGGCAGCACCGGCAGCAAGGGCACCAAAGCCAGCAACCCAGAGCCAAGCUUCAAAGCAAAUGAGAACGGCCUCCCACCAAGCUCGAUAUUUCUCUCUCCAAAUGAGGCGUUCAGGUCCCCGCCAAUUCCCUACCCCAGGAGUUACCUCCCUUACCCAGCACCCGAAGGCAUUGCCAUAAGUCCCCUCUCCUUGCAUGGCAAAGGCCCUGUCUACCCUCACCCAGUGUUGCUGCCCAGCGGCAGUCUCUUUCCUGGGCACCUCGCCCCAAAGCCUGGACUGCCCUACGGGCUGCCCACAGGCCGGCCGGAGUUCGUGACCUACCAGGACGCGCUGGGGUUGGGCAUGGUGCAUCCCAUGUUGAUACCUCACACACCCAUCGAGAUCACUAAAGAGGAGAAACCGGAGAGGAGGUCCCGGUCCCAUGAGAGGGCCCGCUACGAGGACCCGAGCCUCCGAAACCGGUUUUCCGAGAUACUCGAAGCUAGUGGCGCCAAGUUACAUCCAGAAGUCCCCACAGACAAGAACCUCAAGCCCAGCCCUAGCUGGAAUCAAGGGAAGACCGUCGUCAAGAGUGACAAGCUUGUCUAUGUAGACCUCCUCCGGGAAGAGCCUGACGCGAAAACUGAAGCCAACACGUCCAAACCCGGCUUCACAGCUGAGAGUGUUGGCCAGAGCGCUGAGCCCAGCAAACCCCCAGCUGAGCCGGCCCUGCAGCCUCACCGGGAUUUCGUCACCCUCAGAGACGAGCUGGGACGCAUCAAUGACUUCCACGACACCUAUGCUUUCAAACAGGCCCCGGGCCAGUCAGUUUUCAACUUAAGCAAGGAGAAUGUUCCAGCGGGAACCAACAAGGAGAACCUGGCAAUGCCGGUCUCCACUCCGUUCCUGGAGCCGACCCCGGGGAGCGAUGGUCCCGCGGUCACUUUUGGGAAAACCCAAGAGGAACCCAAACCAUUUUGCGUGGGCGGUGCCCCACCGAGUGUGGAUGCCACCCCCACUUAUACCAAAGAUGGAGCCGAUGAGGCAGAAUCAACUGAUGGCAAAGUUCUGAAACCAAAGCCAUCUAAGCUGGCAAAGAGAAUCGCCAACUCUGCUGGUUACGUGGGUGACCGGUUCAAGUGCGUCACAACCGAACUGUACGCCGAUUCCAGUCAGCUCAGCCGGGAGCAGCGGGCAUUGCAGAUGGAAGGAUUACAAGAGGACAGUAUUUUAUGUCUACCCGCUGCUUACUGUGAGCGUGCAAUGAUGCGCUUCUCAGAGUUGGAGAUGAAAGAGCGAGAAGGUGGCCACCCCCCAACCAAGGACUCCGAGGUGUGCAAAUUCAGCCCCACUGACUGGGAAAGGUUGAAAGGAAGUCAGGACAAAAAGCCAAAGUCGGUCGCCCUGGAGGAGGCCAUUGCCGACCAGAACGACACUGAGAGAUGCGAUUAUAGUGCCGGAAGCAAACACGACCCCUUCGAAGCCCCAGAGGACAAAGAUGUUUCCGUGGAGAAAUACUUCCUGGACCGGCAGCCGGUGAGCGAUCCCUCUGCCGACCAGGCCACCCCAGACAUGCCGCACAGCCCCACCCUCCGGGUGGACAGAAAGCACAAGGUCUCAGGGGAUAGCAGCCACACUGAGACCACUGUGGAAGAGCUCCCUGAGGACCCACUGCUGAAAGCCAAGCGAAGACGGGUCUCCAAAGAUGACUGGCCUGAGAGGGAAAUGACAAACAGUUCCUCUAACCACUUAGAAGAGCCACAUUAUAGUGAGCUGACCAACCUGAAGGUGUGCAUUGAAUUAACAGGGCUCCAUCCCAAAAAGCAACGCCACUUGCUGCACCUUAGAGAACGGUGGGAGCAGCAGGUGUCGGCAGCAGAGAGCAAACCUGGCCGGCAGGGCAGGAAGGAAGUGACCCAGGCAGCUCAGCCUGAGGUUGCCGCCCAGGGCAAUAACGUCUCCGAAGAGAGACCUGGCAGGAAAAGGGCAGAAGCCAAAGGCAACAGAACCUGGUCGGAAGAGUCCCUCAAAUCCAGUGACAGUGAACAAGGUUUGCCUGUGUUCUCCGGCUCUCCGCCCAUGAGGAGCUUUUCAUCCACCAAUUUAACCGGCAGAAAGCAGAGUCAGCCAAGCUGUACGGCAGGCUCGAGGCUGCCUGCCAAACAGCAGAAAAUUAAAGAAAGCCAGAAGACAGAUGUGCUGUGCACGGACGAAGAGGAGGAUUGCCAGGCUGCCUCCCUGCUGCAGAGAUACCCCGACAACAGCGAGAAACCAUCCGGGAAGCGACUGUGCAAAACCAAGCAUUUGAUCCCGCAGGAGCCCAGGCGGAGCUUGCCGCUGCCAGGGGACUACUACGUGGAGAAUGCCGAUGGCAAGGUGACCGUCCGGAGGUUCCGAAAACGGCCUGAGCCCAGUUCUGACUAUGAUCUGUCACCGGCCAAGCAAGACCAGAAGCCCCUGGACCGUCUGCAGCAACUGCUACCAGUUGCGCAGACGUCACAGCUGCCCCCCUCAAGUUCUCCGCCAGAGGCCACCCAGUCCCGCCCAAUGCCACCAGAAGCGCGGAGGCUUAUUGUCAAUAAGAAUGCAGGCGAGACGCUCCUGCAGCGGGCUGCCCGGCUGGGCUACGAGGAAGUGGUCUUGUACUGCCUGGAGAAUAAGAUUUGUGAUGUGAACCAUCGAGACAAUGCGGGUUACUGUGCCCUGCAUGAAGCUUGUGCAAGGGGAUGGCUCAAUAUUGUACGACACCUCCUUGAAUAUGGCGCUGAUGUCAACUGCAGUGCCCAGGAUGGGACCAGGCCUCUCCACGAUGCCGUCGAGAAUGAUCACUUGGAAAUUGUCCGCUUGCUCCUUUCCUAUGGUGCUGACCCCACCCUGGCUACGUACUCAGGUAGAACCAUCAUGAAAAUGACCCACAGCGAACUUAUGGAAAAGUUCUUAACAGAUUAUUUAAACGACCUGCAGGGUCGUGAUGAUGAUGACAGCAGCAACAGCAACAGCAACUGCAACAGCAACAGCAAUGCCUCUUGGGAUUUCUAUGGCAGCUCUGUGUGUGAACCAGAUGAUGAAAGUGGUUAUGACGUUUUAGCAAACCCCCCAGGACCAGAGGACGAGGACGAUGAUAACGACACCUGCAGCGACGUGUUCGAAUUCGAAUUCUCAGAAAGCCCCCUCUUGCCGUGUUAUAAUGUCCAAGUGUCCGUCGCUCAAGGGCCUCGGAACUGGCUAUUGCUUUCAGACGUGCUCAAGAAAUUGAAGAUGUCCUCCCGCAUAUUUCGCUGCAAUUUCCCAAAUGUGGAAAUUGUCACCAUUGCGGAGGCUGAGUUCUAUCGGCAAGUGUCAGCAAGCCUCUUGUUCUCUUGCUCCAAAGACCUAGAAGCCUUCAACCCUGAAAGCAAGGAGCUCUUAGAUCUGGUGGAGUUCACAAACGAGCUUCAGACUCUGCUGGGCUCAUCCGUGGAGUGGCUCCACCCCAGCGACAUGGGUUCAGACAACUGCUGGUGAGCUCGCCAGGGCCCGCCAUGUACAGUGUGUCAUAGUGUUUAUCCUUGUGCAUAUGUGUCAUAAUACGACUAUUUCUGUAAAGAAGGGACACUAUUACAUAUGAAAAUAUCUCUUCUUUAUAUAAGAGACAUGACUCCAGUCGGAAGGACUCAGAAAUAAGUUUUUUUCUUUUUAAACUUUUAAGUCAGUUUUUAUGAAGUUGUUAAAAAUGUUUCUUUACUUUUCAGUGCACACAUGCUUUGGGAUAUGUUUGUUUUUACUCAGAACAUUUGUUUCUUUUCUUUUUUAAGGAGAAAAAAAAAAACAAGGAAAAGGAGCUCCACACUUUGACUUAAUUUCAUGUAAAGCUCCCACGACAAAGGCCGUAACUGUUGAGAGUGUGGUCAGAACCGUGUGGUUGGUUUGGGGGGUUGUAUUCGGGGAAGGCACUUGGCGAUAUCGUAACUUUAUGUUUUGUUUACAGUGUACCUGCUCGGGCCAGGUCAGUGCUAUUGGAUGUGAUCCAGUAGUAUGUAAUAUACAUUCAAACCAUAUCCACACACAACAACUAAUUGUAUGAAACUUUUAUAUCCUAAUUUAAAAGCUGUGAAAUUAGUUUUCACGCAUCAAAACCGGAUUGUUUAUAUGUUUAAACAUUUUAUGCUCUUAUUUAAAGAAGACUUUGAGCUAUUUUUUUCUGUACCCUGUAAAAUAUUGAAAACUAACAUAAUAUGUUGAGGUUGCUUGAAAUUGUACAUAAAACUAAAAUUUUCUGAAGUGUGUGUUUAUGUAUGAAACCUGUGUUUUAACUUUGUAAGUAAAUUCUCUGCCUUUGUAUUUAUAUUUUACAAGAAUUUUCUUAAAAGGC